GACUUUUGUUAUAGAAUCUCAGCAAAAACUUACGGAUUUCUGCUGCAACUAAGUGCUAAAUUUAAAGUUUUCAAUUCCCAAAUUAAAAUGGCUGAUGAUAAGAAUAUGUAUGGACCUCAGCUCGUUCACGUGUGGCGGACAUGCAACAAAAUCCGUUCGGCAGUAUUUAAAACGAAAUUGAAUUUGUGGGACUGUUUUAAAUGCAGUGAUCCGUCCAAGAAUACGUUGAUUUCGGAAUCAAAGUUCAUAACCAUUUUAACGACUAAUCUGAAGGACACAGUCGGUUUAACGGAUCAGGAAAUUAAUGAACUAACUGACUACUUUAAAGUACAAAAUGGACAAAUCGCCUACGCUCAAUUCUGUAGCGUUAUUCACGAUAAUGAACCACAUCCAACAUAUAAUCUAGACUUUGUGACUGGUCUCGAAUGGGAAGAUAAUCUAGCCACAAACCGUUUAUCGAGCUCCGAGAACCGUCGUAUCAGAGUUCUUCUAACAAAAAUUGCGAACACUGUUCGACUUCGUGAUGUAGUUUUCAAGCCAUAUUUUCAAGAUUAUGAACUAGUUGCUAAGAACUCCGGGACUGUUACGUUGGCUCAUUUUGCCCGAGUUCUGCAUUUUCUUAAAAUUAAUGUUUCUGCGGAGGAAUUUCAAUUGUUACUUAAACGAUUCAUUAAGGACUCAUAUACCGUCAAUUAUGUAGCUUUCGUGGAAGAGAUCGAAAGUAUUGUUCGAAAGUUGGACUCGAAACGUUUAAUAGAUUUUUCUCAGGAUAUCGUAGAAAAUUUCCCAGGGAAAGUGAUAACAGCCAAUUUGCCGAAGCUGCCAAGACCAGAAAUCGACAAUGUUUGCAUAAGUGACGUAUUCGGGAAUGCGCCAUCAUCUCAUCCAGUUUUUACCAAGACAAGAGACAACAUGAUUUUCGAGGAGUUGAUUCAAAGAAUCAAGCGGCAUGUUUUAGAAAAUAGUGUGCGUGUGAAAGACUUCUUCGAGGACAAUGAUCCGCUUAGAUGUGGAUACAUAACCAAAUCUCAGUUCAUUCGUGGCCUAGACAUCCUUGGUGUGUCCAAAUUAGGAAGACUGUAUCUAUCUCCACGCGAAAUUGAAAUUCUUUGCAGCAAUUAUGUCGAUGAGAUGGACUCGAGCCGCAUUAAUUGGAAAAUAUUUGAAAUAGACAUUGAAGAAGUUGUGUUACUCAGAAACUUAGACAAAAGACCCUAUACUAUUGUUGAGUUACCUGAACAAGAAAUUUUGGAUCUGCCAAAACAGGGGGUUGAGUGUUGGAACAACCAGGACACUGAUACAAGAAAUUUUUGCGAAGAAACGGUUUUUCGCAUUAAAUCCAGAAUAGUCAAUAGACAACUGUAUUUGGAGCCGUACUUCAAGGAUUUGGAUAGAUUCAAUAUGGGUCAUGUGACCAAUACUCAAAUGCGAAGAGUCCUUACACAAUAUGGCAUUUUAAUCUCAGACGAAGAGUUCAAUGUUCUAGUGAAAAGAUAUGCAGAUGAUAUGGGAUUUAAUUACAUUUGGUUCUUGAAAGAAGUUGAUCCCGAAGAAUAUCUUAUUUAUGCGCCUAGAUUCGAAGAAAACCGUAGACCUACUGUACCGGGAAACCACCUUCCAGACGAAAAGUGUGAGCAGAAAAUGAAUCAACUGAAUAUUAUUCAUGUUUUUGCAAAAGUAAAAGGCAUAGCAGUUCGAAAUCGUGUACGAAUAAUGGAUUUCAUGAAAAAUUUCGAUAAGCACAAUGAGUUGUGCAUCGUGGAAACUGAUUUUCGAAGAGGAUUGAAUUUAGCCGGAAUACACCUUGAGCACAUGGAAUUGAAUCUAAUUUGUGAAGUAUUUCGUUCGCCCCUUCGAAAGAAUUACGUCGAUUACAAACGCUUUUGCGAUUCUGUUGAAGAAGUAUUUUACCAGGCCAAUUUGGAAAGAGCUCCGUUGAUUGUACCGCUCCAACAUGUUCCCUCAGAAGAUAACAGCCACAAUUUUUUGAACUUUGAUGAACGGCAAUUGGUUUCUAAGGCGCUAAUAAAAUUGGCCAAAUAUCCAGACCAAGUUACCAAUUUGGGUUCGCUGUUUCAGGAUUUCGAUAGUCGAAAUUUCGGUACGGUAACACAAAAUCAGUUUUUGCGGGUGCUGACGGCCCGGUCUAUGCAUGAUUUAAUUUCGCCGAGAGAACUCAAUGUGAUAUGCAAAUGUUUUGGAGUUCAGAAAGGUCUGAGAACGGAGUUCAACUAUCGGUCAUUCUUGAAAAAUUUACAUAUUUUGUUCUGUAACAGUCGUCAACAUCCAUUUUAAUAAAUGCGUCUGGUGGUAAUAAAUC